CUGCUGAUGUACGACCCAAUCCGGGAACCUGCCAUGAUGAUUGCGUACCUCGGUGUGCUGGUGAAGCUGUGCUCCUCCUUCCCACUGCUCACAAUGGCGAGUCGAAAUGCCAUCUACUACAUUGUUGGGUGGGAUGUUGACACACUGCCCUUCUGGAAGCACUGCAUUGUUGUUGUGAGUCUAGCUGUUUGUUCAUUGCUCUGUGGCCUGUUCAUUCCCAAUAUAAACACUGUGUUUGGAUUUGUUGGUGCAAUUUGUGGCGGUACGUUGGCAUUCCUCUUCCCAGCUGUCUUUAUGAUGUACGGUGGCAACUGGUCGCUGAAGUCGGUUGGGUUUGGACACUAUGUGCUCACAUACACGUUGAUGAUGACUGGUGUGGUGGUUAUAGUGUUUGGCACAGCCUCCACUAUAUACGGUGCGGUGGUGGGUGACAAGUAG